UAAAGCGUCGGACUAAGUCAGGUACGGACACUGUAUGGGGUUUCCAGAAUUCCGCAUGCGGACCCCUGUCAAGAAAAAAAUCCUGUUCCCUGACAGAUAUACAAGAUGCCGGAUCAAGUUUGUGAAAUAUGUCAUGAGCCACUCUUCAUCGAGGUCGAGCCCGACAGCGAAGUUGAGGAUAGCAAAACACCGGCGCAAGUUGAACGCGUGCCAGACGAUGUCGAGCUCAGCUGUGGGUGUCAUUAUCACUGGGAUUGCUUCCUAGAAGCAUACAGCAUCACACAAUGUCCAAAUUGCGCUGCAGACAUCGCUACCAUGGGCCCGCAUAAACACCAUCAGGUCCUGGUGACAGUCAAGAACGAGGGUGGUGUCCAGAAAGACUUUGAUAUCUUGCCAAUCGGGAUCGAAGAGUCCUAUCUGCGGGCGUAUCCUGAAGAGAGAAAAGGUCACGCCUACCUUGAGUUCUGCCGAGAGGGUGACAUCGAUGCGAUCAUCAAUAUGGUCAGAGACGUGGACGAAGGGGACGAUGACGAGGAGGAAGAUGAAGAGGACGCUGGCCAUCAAAAGGACAUACUGCGAUAUCUUGAGAAGGGCGAUGACGGAAGCGGGCUGCACGUUGCCAUCCGCCAUCAAAAGCAAGAAGUGGCGUGGUUACUGCUGGCACUUGGCUCGCAACUGGCAUGGGACAAAUUUCCGGCCAAUGUUCUCCAAGCAAUGACGGCGCUGGGUUUGCAAAAGAGUGACAGAAGAGGUGACCCCGAUAUCCGCACUCUCAAGGACAGGACAGGUCGAACACCAGCAGAGCUGGCAGAAGAAGUCGGUGGUCCCUGGGUAGAAUGGCUGAAGGAGGGUAGACUGAGCCCUUGACUGAAGGACUUAUGACUUGACAUGUUUGUCUCACACCAAAAUUCUCUUUUCGACCACGGAAGCUGUACGCUAGAGAUCUAAAGCAUAGGUGUGAAGUUGUUCUCCGGUAUCCGAGUGAAUCAUAGCACAA